ACACACACACACACACACACACACACACACACACACACACACACACACACACACACACACACACGAGUUAUAUUAAUAUUAAUAAAUAAAAUUUGGCAAUAAUUGCGUCUUCCAGUCCAGCACAUAGCUCGCAAUGCCAUAGCUGCUUCUUUCAUUGGUAACAGAAUUAAGAUCACAUGUCAUCUGCAUACAUCCACCGAUUCAUGUUUAACGGGAUCGGUUCGGUUCUACCACAAACUCUUCAUUACGAUUUAGAGUAGGUGUGAUUUCGUCAAAUGCUCGAUUAAUCAAUGGAGGCUUCAUUAUUCUCCGUGGAUAAGGUACCGCUGCUUAAUUAUCGGCCAUCUCACUGUUGUUCGUUCAGUUCUUAUCCAAAAAAAUUGGAGUCGUUCGUCUGUACUGAAUCACACUUUCGACGAAUCGUAAAUAAUAAACUUCAAUCGAAGAAAACGAUCUUUUCCGGCCAAUCAGUUUGUUGCUACAGGCUCAAACCAGUUUCUGCUCUUAGCUCAGAAGAUACACACCCGAUUAAUCAGGUGAGAGGCCAGAGUUUCGACCAAUGGGAUUCUCUUACAGCAAAAUUUGCCGCGGCUGCAAAUUUGCCGUUUCUGUUAUUACAACUGCCUCAGAUUAUUCUCAAUACUCGGAAUCUUUUGGCAGGGAAUAAAUCAGCCCUUUUAGCUAUUCCAUGGCUGGGUAUGUUAACUGGAUUACUCGGGAAUAUUUCAUUGCUCUCGUACUUUAUAAAGAAGAGGGAAACCGAAGCGGUGGUAGUCCAAAUGUUAGGAGUUAUAUCAAUGUAUGCAGUGAUCUUGCAGCUUGUUAUCGCCGACGCUAUGCCGCUCCCACAUUUUAUCGUCACUUCGAUAGUGAUUGCAUCGGGUCUCGUUUUAAAUUUUAUGAGAUAUUUUCAAUUGCUCGAUGGAGAAAUCUGGCAUUUCUGGGAAGAAUUUAUAACAAUUGGCGGUCUCUCUGCACUUCCACAAGUCAUGUGGUCAACAUUCGUACCGUAUAUUCCACACACUGUCUUGCCUGGAUUCAUCGCCUUUUCGACUGCAGUUGUUGCUGUUUUUCUGGCUCGUAUGGGAAAGCUCUCGGAGAAAGGCAUCGGGAUUCUUGGAUUUGUAUCGGGGUGGACCGCAACUCUUCUAUUCAUGUGGAUGCCUGUUUCUCAAAUGUGGACAAAUAUUCUGAAUCCUGAAAAUGUGAAAGGUUUAUCGGCUGUGUCGAUGCUAUUGGCCAUGAUUGGCAACGGGCUUUUGAUCCCACGAGCACUAUUUAUCCGGGAUUUAAUGUGGUUCACUGGUUCGACUUGGUCAUGUGUUUUCUAUGGAUGGGGAAAUCUUAUAUGCCUGUACUGCUUCAACAAUAUUAGCAAGGAAUUUUUCCUGGCUUCGUCUUUCGGUUUUCUUGCGUGGAUAGGAAUAACUGUGUGGAGAGAUGCAAAAGUUCAUGGAUAUAAUUCACCAUUCUCUUCUUUAAAGGAGAUGAUUUUCGGACACUGAUCAACGAGGGCAACACCGUAACAUAGCUGCACACUAAAUGUACGCAACGCUUCCUCAUUCGCCGUCUGAAAAUACGUAUUUUACGGUGCUCUUACUGUGUAAUUUAGUCGGAUUUAAUUACAGGACCCUUAAAACAUCUUUCUCUUGUCAGUUCAAAAUGUAGUGAUACAAUAAUCAGAAAAAAAAAAGUAGUCGGAUAA